AAGACGAAAAAUUAUUUCUGGAGCGAUGAAGAAAAUUGCCUUAUCUACAUAAAUGCAUACUUAAAUAAAGCUACAUAUUGUACAAAAGAAGGUUGGACUGGAUUUGAGCUCUACAUAUACGACGACGAUGGAAACAGACGUUGUGUAUACCCAUACGAUAAUAUGUACCAUUGUUUUCAUCAAGCAUUAAACGAAUACAUAGUCAGUAAGGGUCUCAUUCCUGUUGAGUAG